UAUCUGUUCCUAAAACUAUACGGCUUCGAUUCGCCCCAACACAAGAGAUGAAGGAGGAAUGUGGGAGUUUCAUGGCGGCCCUGUCUGUGAACGUGGUGACAGUCAACAUGUUACUGAGUGUCUUCUUUCUUUCAGGUGUUUUUGCUGGUUGUAAGGAGACAUCACAUCUCUUCAUCACUGCACCAAAGCAGAUGGAAGCACUGAGUGGAUCUUGUUUGCAAAUCCCAUGUAGCUUUCGUGUUAAAACAGGAAACAAACUUAACAACUCAGGAAGUAUCUACGGAGUGUGGAUGAAAAAUUGGGUGAAUUUUGCUCGAACUCCAAGCAUUGUUAUUUUCAACAGCAGCAAGUCAGAAAACGUCUAUCCAGUGGAAAUUAUUGGAAACUUGCAACAGAAAAACUGCACCACUUUGUUCUCUAGUUUAACCACAAGUCAUACAGACAGAUACUUUUUCAGGAUUGAGAACAAACCGUUUAAGGCAACAGCUGAAUGUGAUCCUCUUAAUAUAACAGUUAAAGAUUCUCCUCAGAGACCCAGAAUAGAAAUCUCAGGUGAUGUGAAGGACCUGAAGGAGAAGGAGUCUGUCACUAUAACCUGCUCAGCUUUCACUCCCUGUCCACACUCCCCUCCUGAACUCACCUGGAAUCUCCAACAAGACUCUCACAGACAAACAGAGGAAAACACAGAUGGAACCUUUACAACUAAAAUCCAGCAGAACAUCACUCUGUCACACACACAUGAUGGAUACAACAUCACAUGUUCUGCCAGAUAUCCUGUGGAUGGAGGAAAACAUGUGAAGACAUCAGAGACAGAAGAGACUCUCAGUGUUUCAUAUGCUCCUAAAGACACCUCAGCAUCCAUCAGUCCAUCAGGUUUGGUGUCAGCAGGUAGCUGGGUGAAGCUGAGCUGCUCCAGCAGAGCCAAGCCUCCCGUCAGCAGCUUCACCUGGUUCAAGAUCAGCACAGAGGGACCCGUUAAUGUGUCUGAGGAACCGGUUCACAGCUUCAAUGCAGCGGAUGGAGGAGUUUAUUACUGUGUGGCUGCAAAUAAACUGGGAAACCAGAAGUCCCAACAAAUCCGUCUUAAUAUUAAAGACCCAUCAAACAGCUCAGCGUUCAUUAAAUUUGGAGGAAUUGCUGUGAUCAUCAUACCCAUCUGCCUGCUUGUCUGGUUUUGGAGGUUUAAGAAACGUCCAACUCAACAAGAGAAUCAGAAUCAAACAGGUGAAGAGCUUACUCUUCAAAUUCCAGCCAAUAAACCAGAGGAAAAAGUCCAUUAUGAAGAUAUAAACUUUUUGACCCGGAGACCUGAAGCUUCCUCCGUCUCAGUGCAGGACAGCAGACAGCAGCAGGAGACGGUGUACGCACAGGUCAAAGUGUCCAAACAAGAAAACAGCUCAACACGAAUGACGAACGGACCAGAGGAUCUCUACGCUCAAGUAAAGAAAAAGUGACUCUUGGUGUGUGAUUAAAUAUCGUAUCUUUACUUUUUUAUGUUAGUUAAUGUUUUUACUCCUUUCAGUUCAACAGAAGCUGCAAAGUUUCUCACACAGCGGUUCAAGUAGUUUUGUCACUUUAGAUUUUAUUGUUGUCCAGUUUGGUUUGAAGUAUUCAUACAUCCUUUAUUUAGAAGAGCUAAUAAUACUACACUGUAAAAGUACUUG